GUAGUACAUUCUCCCACAUCUAGCAGGAAAUACUGGGUUUCCCCACUGGGGCUGAUAGUGUCACAAAAUUCCCACAUGUCACAAUCACAUCACAUGACUACAAUCCCUGUCAUCCCAUUGGCUGAGAUCCUGGUCCUUGAUAAAUAAAAGGAGCACACAGUCCUGUGUGAGAGAGAGAACUGGUGACACACUGCCCCUGUCUAUAUUUGAUCAGCUGGGGCUCUUCUGAACUAGAGAGUUUGAAGAAGUUCAAAGUUCGCACAGAGCGCAGAACAGACACAUAGCCAGAGCUGAGUGAAAGCUGUGUGUGUUGAGCAUGAACAUGAAGACUCCUGGAGCUGUGCUGCUGUUGCUGUGGUCUGGUCUGGUUGUGGUUGCAGCAGAGAGUGGAGGCCUCCAGGAUGAAGAUACUGGUGCAGCCCCAACCCAGCUAACCUGCCAGCCUGACGUCCACUCUGUGCUGAGAGAGAUGAGCGCUCUGAUGGCAGAGCAGAGAGUGGAGCUCAGAUACACCAAGACACAAAUGGAGGCCAUGGAGACCAGACUGAGAGCCAGUGAGAAUAAAGCAGAGACCAUGGAGACCAGACUGAGAGCCAGUGAGAAGACAGUAGAGGAGCAGAGAGCUGUUAUUAAGGAGCUGAAGGAAAAACAGGAGGAGCAAGCAGCAGCUGUGAAAGCUGUAGGAGGCAGUGUGAACCUCACAGGGAGUCAGGUGGAGGAGCUGAGGAGGGAGAGAGAGGAGAGAAGGGUGUCUUUCUCUGCCUCACUGGUAACAUCUGGUAGUGAGACUUUUGGUCCCUUUAGUAAGCCAACCACACUGAUCUACAGACAUGUCAUCACCAACACUGGAAGCGCCUACAACCCAUAUACAGGGGUCUUCAGGGCUCCAGUCAGAGGUGUCUAUUACUUUGCUGUAUUUGUGUAUGGAGGUGGUCAUGCAUCUACAACUACAGGAGUCUCUCUCCAUAAGAAUGAAGAACAUGUUGUCAUUGCUUACAGUCACCAGCCAAGCUUACAGUACAGCUCUUCUAAUGGAGCUUCUCUGCUGCUGGAGGUGGGCGAUGUGGUCUAUGUGAAGCUGUGGCCCAAUGCAUGGGUCCAUGACAGCUAUAACCACCACACCACCUUCUCUGGCAACCUGCUCUUCCCCAUGUGAGAGAAGCAGUAGACUGAUGUAGAAGUUAUGUUGGGCGUGGAGUGACGCUAGCAGUGAGAAACAGACAGAAUGGAACACACUCCUCUCCUUGUUUCCUACAUGGUCACUGGGUGGGUCUGGGCAAUACUUUUAGUGUGACAUGAAGUCAGUCGUUCUCUUUGGUUGCUGGAUCUGUGCUUAUUGUUUGCUCUUAGUUAAACUCUGUUUUUUUGGUUGGUUGGUUUGGUUGUUGUGCUGAAUGUCAAAGGACUUUUAUACACUGUUAGCAUGUUAACAUGCGUUUGCAGGCACUAGUUAUGAAACCUACCUACAAAGGCUUUGUCUGUGUAAUGUACAUAAUCAAUAUUGUUAAGUACAUUAUCAAAUGCAUUUUCAUUACUCAUUCAGAUAUACUGUAUUUGUAUUGACUCUCUGGUGUCCUUAUUUCUCUUUUCCCAUUUGAGUUUACACUUGGUGUAAUAUAUGUCAUCGUUCUUGAA